CGUCAGCAGUGCCACGUCAGCAGUGCCACGUCAGCAGUGCCACAUCAGCAGUGCCACGUCAGCAACAUGACGGGCCUGCCGGGCCAACUGGCCAAUGAGCCCAUUGCCGACUACAAAAAGCGCGUCCAUGCUCAGCUUGCUGCAAUCGAGGCUGAGGAACAACGCCAGCUGGCAGUCAAAGCUGCCCAGCUACAGGCUGAUGAAGCGGCAACAGCAGAGAAGCUGCGGCUACAGGCCGAAGCAGACGCAGAUGCCCAGGCUCGCCGCAAGGAAGCCCAGGCUCUGCUCCAGCCGCAUGAAGCCAGCAGCAUCGAGAAACUCAAGUACUGGGACUUUGAACCGAACUGCGACGAGCCAACACCGGAAGAGCAUCAUAGGGAGUUCAUGGCCAAGCUCGUGAGCAGGUUGGUUUACAUGUGUAACCACCUACAGUCCGAGCUGGCAAACCUCCAGCAGGCCGUGCGGAAUUACAAGACUGAGCACGAGGAUGCCACACGGGCACUGGACGCCCGUGUACUAGGCCUGGAACAGGCUGUACCACGACCAGAUGCUGGAGCUUCCAGCAGUGCAUCCUCUAGCCGCCAACUGGAGGAACGCGUUGACCACGUAGUGGCAAUGCUAGGAGACUUAAGUGCCUUCACAGAGCCGGCCACCAUCAGCCAGCGGUUCGAGUUGCUGGACACUAAGAUCAGUCAGCAACAGCAGACUGACCAUAGCCACAACAACAGCUCGGCGAGGCCAUACAAGAUGCCGACGUUCCGGAUCGAGAAAUUUGAUGACUACACACAUCAAGACCCGUUCGUCUGGUGGCAAGGAUUUACAACAGAGUUGGGGAUUCACGAAGUCCCUGACCAUCUGUUCAUCAGUGCUCUGUUCAUCAACACCAAGGGAGGAUGUCAGAUCUGGCUCAGCCACAUGGCAACCAUCCACGGCGUCCAGGUUUCAGACCUGUACAAGAAGGUCUCCUGGGAGGACAUGACCAAGGAAUGGAAGAAGCGGUUCAUCGUCGACGAUGCCCCGGCACUCGCCGUCAACCGCAUCUUCACGAUGGCUCAAGGGAGCACACCGAUACGUGACUGGCUCACGGAUUGGCAGAAAAUCGUGGCAACGCCCGAUUUGGACUUCGUCAUUUCCGCAUCUACGGCGUGAGUUCUACAACAGGUCAUGCGCCGCUCUCAGCCUCGCACUG